UCCGUCCAUGAGCCUGCAUUCAUAAACGGAUGUGAUAAGUGUUGAAUGUACUGUACAGAGACGAAACUUGGACCAUGGCGGAAGAAGACGACACGAAAAUCCGGAUUUUGCAGAGCCUCCGAGGAAAGAUAUGUGAAGCAAAGAAUCUGGGUCUGAGCUCAGGGCCGAACCGUCUCCGUGACCUCUGCACCUUCUGUACAAUCAGUUUGGACCAGGAGGAAGUAUACCGCACAAAAGUCUAUGAGAAGAGUGUAAGUCCGUUCUAUGGCGAGGACUUCUACUUCGAAAUUCCGCGCCCAUUCCAAUGCCUGUCCUUCUACGUGUACGCCAAGAGCAUGUUCCAAAUAAGGGAUCUACCUGUAGGGAAAGUAGCCAUCAGGAAGGAAGAUCUAUAUAAGUACUGCGGGAAAGAGAACUGGUUUCACUUACAACCUGUGGACCCAAACUCAGAAGUUCAGGGGAAGGUUCAUUUAGAGAUGAAGCUGAAUGAACUGAUCACAGAGAACGGAUCCGUCUGCCAGCAGCUUGUGGUUCAGAUAAUCGCAUGUCAGGGUUUGCCGUUGAUAAGUGGGCAGAACUGUGACCCGUACGCCACAGUAACACUUGUUGGGCCCGCCAGGUCUGACCAGAAAAAAACUAAAGUGAAGAAGAAAACCAGCGACCCUCAGUUUGAGGAGACCUUUCAUUUUGAGGUCACAAGGUCAAGCAGUUACAAGGGGAGGUCACACUUUCAGGUGGAGGAGGAGGACAUAGAGAAACUAGAGAUCAAGGUAGAGCUGUGGAAUAAUGGUAAUUUGGCACAGGACGUGUUCCUCGGAGAGACACGGGUAUCUGUGAAAAUCCUGAGAAACGACCAUGUCCACAAAGCAUGGUACUUGCUGCAGCCGAAAGGAAAUGGUACGAAGUCUAAGCCAGACGAUCUGGGUUCUCUACGUCUGAAAGUAACGUACACGGAGGACAAUGUCCUGCCCACUGCCUGCUACACGCCUCUCCGAAACCUAAUGCUCAGAUCCCCAGAUGUUAAGCCAAUCUCAGCAUCAGCGGCUCAUGUUCUGGGAGAUAUAUGCAGGGAGAGUUUGGGCUAUGAAGCACUGCUUCCUGUAGUCAGACUGCUGCUCCAUCACAACAGACUGCUGCCCUUUCUCACCUCUGUUGCCGGCCUGGAGCUGGAGAAUACACAAGAGGCCAACACCAUAUUCAGAGGGAAUUCUCUGGCCACCCGCUGCAUAGAUGACAUGAUGAAGAUUGUGGGCCGAAGUUACUUGACUGUCACUCUCAAACCUGCUCUCAAUGAGAUCUUUGAAUCAAAUAAAACCUGUGAGAUCGAUCCUGUCAAACUGAAAGAAGGCGAUAAUGUGGAGGUCAACAAAGAGAAUCUUCAGGGUUAUGUGCAGAAGGUUUUUGCGUCUAUAACACAGUCAAGCUCCAGUUGUCCUCCCCUCAUGUGUGACGUCUUCAGGUCACUCAGACAGCUCGCAUCUAAACGCUUUCCAGCGGAUCCUCAUGUGCAGUACUCAGCGGUCAGUAGUUUCAUAUUUUUGAGGUUCUUUGCGGUGGCUGUUCUCUCUCCACACACCUUCCAGCUGAUAUCCCAUCAUCCUGACCCUGAAAUUUCCCGCACACUUACUCUUAUCUCUAAAACCAUCCAGUCUCUGGGCAGCUGGGGCAGCCUUUCCAAGAACAAACUGUCUAGCUUUAAAGAAACCUAUAUGUAUGAUUUCUUCAAGUUAUUCCAAGAAGAUGAAUGUAUAGAGAAAGUUAAAAAGUUCUUAGAUGAGAUCUCCUCUAAUGUAAGUAAGGAGUCAAGUGGAGUGGAGGACUCCUUUGUGUUAAAGGAGGGAGAGGUACAUAAGCGGGCCCAGGGCAGAAAGCGAAUAGGAAAGAAGAACUUUAAGAAACGCUGGUUACGAGUGACCAAUCAAGAGCUGUCCUAUCACAAGCAGAAAGGGAAAGAAGCACUGUGCAUCAUUCCUGUGAAAAACAUCCUCGGUGUUGAGAAACUGGAAGAAAGUGCCUUUAACCGCAAAAACAUGUUUCAGGUAAUCCAUUCAGAGAAGCCUCUGUACGUGCAGGCGGGCAACUGUGUGGAGACCAACAGCUGGAUUGAGGUGCUGAGUCAGGUCAGCCGCUGUAACCCGGGCCGGCUCAGCACGUUUCACCCAUCCGCUUACGUGAGUGGAUUCUGGUUAUGCUGUAAGGAGCCCAACGAGAACGCCCCGGGCUGCAAACCCUGCACUGCGACAGUGUUGGCGAAUAUUCAACUGGACAUUGACUGUGACAGAGAAACAGAACGAAUCUUCUCCUUCUUCUCCUCAAACCGUUCCAGACUACAGAAGAUGGAGGAUGCUUGUGCCGGCAUGUCAGUGUAUCUUGGGCAGCAGGAGGAGUGUUCAGCCUUCACUAUACAGGACCCUAAAGAGACCUUCCGUACCAUUAAAGAGCUCGGAGAAGUACUGGAUGAACUGCAGGCUCACCAUGACUUAAAGGGGGCACUAAAUGAUGAACCAGGCACUAUCGAGAAUCCUAUAGUUGGAAAGACAGCGUAACGUUGCGACUGCGCGACCUGGUGGUACUGACGCAGCCACACAAGCAGAGGGCGCUGUGUUUGUCAACAUAUAGGAGCAUGAAAACGCUCUGAUAAUGCUCAGAGAAGCGCUGCCAUUCCACACGUGACUCGAGUCUAACCUCUCCAGCAAUUGCCUGAUCUGGAGUUACAGUGUACUUGGAAGAAUUCGGCCAGUCAAGAGUCGAGUGGCGUGUCCGUGAGUUGCUAUCAUUGGAAAAAUCUAGCUCUUUUCUCUGUGUGCCUGUCCGGUCUCAGUUUUAUAUCAGUUUUUAAGAUCGUUUAGUAACCUCAAUCGCCAGUCCGCACAGUAAGAAAAGAUUCCGAUCACCUCUUAUUCAUUCCUAAACAGGCUGUGAAAGUCCAGACACCAAGAGUUGGUCUGAGAAAUUAUAGCUGCUAAAAAUGAAAACUCAACCUUCACAUUUUUCUUUGUAAACCGUCAGUUUUUUCAGACUACUGGUCGUCUGAGUUAAAUAACCAUGUCAAAGGGAAUCUUCAUUGUUCAUUGUAGUUUCAUCCCUCUCAGUCCAUCCCUUUGAGUGUGUGCAUGGUUUUCUAUCUGUAGUGGAUAGAAUUAAUCUGCCUUAUAAAUUCAGUGGAGGUACUUACAAUCCCACACUUGUGUAUGAAUUAGGGACUAAUGCAGAAGCACUUUAGAUAUUUGGAAUAUUCCAGAUGAGAUUGUUUUAGAUACGUGGUAUCAAACUUUUUUUCCUGAUAUUGAUCAGUUACAUGAUCAGCUCUUGUGUAAUGUUCUGUAGAUAACGUUCAUAUCCUGUAGAUUUUUACUAGCUAUUUUUCUUACGCCAAAGAUGUUGUUUUGUAGGUUUUCAUGACUUGAAAAUGGUAUACAUGUCGUUUUAUAAUUACAGAACUUAAAAAAAAAAAAAAGGAAAAUGGAUAUCUAUAUUUCAUGGAUGUACGUUUUGGGAGCCUCAUGCAUUUGAUAAACAUGAAGAAAAUUUUAUUCAAUCGAUCUUUGUAAUCCCCCUCCCCACACACACAAUGACAAUAUUUUAUAGUACGAUGAUGUCAUAAGCUCUGUUCCAUAACCUAGUGAGCUGCCUACGAAGACAGCACAGGCGUGCUCAAAUUACAAACUGCUCUAAAACGUAGGCAGCAACAUGAAAUUAUAGAACUGAUCCCUCAUUUGCAGAGAAUGCAGUGCCAUAAUGCACUCCAACUAACUUGGUGGGGGGAAAAAAAUCAAUCCAAGAUGGCACUUGAGAGAAAUAUUGAUUGUAAAUGUACCAUACUAAAUAGUAAUGAUCAAAGAGUUCCAUGUACUUACAAAUUUCCCAAUAUUGGUGUGUGCUAUUGAGCCGUUAGCUUAGCAACAUGAGAACAGCAAAGUCUAUUGGAAUUGGAAUAUUUGUGUGAUGUGCAAAAAAAGUUAACUGCCAGGGUAAACGGCAAGGAAGCUCACUAGGGUUUCAAACAGAGCUGGAAACAUAGUUUGUUUGGUAUAAAUUCUGAUCGACAAUCUCCUGUAUCAUGUUUGUGGUGUCACAGUUGUCUAUUUUUGUGGUGGGAUUGUCAUGUCAUUUCCUAAUGACUUCCACCUACUGAUUAUUACAGGUCUACACAUUCGUGUUUUUUAAAAAUUACCCCAAUUUUAACUGUACUGAAGGGUUUUUGUGUCUUUUCUGUAACACUGGAGACUGUUAUGUUCUGCUUGGUAUACUUGUGUUUUGCAUCUAGUCAAGAUCAGUGGUUCCCAACUGGUAAAUAAGCUUAACUUUUAAACAUAAAAACUAAUACCCAAUUAAAUAAAUCAAAUGGUAUGUAA